UUGUUUCUUGGCUGUCCAUGGUAUCCUCAGGAGUCUUUUCCAGCACCAAAGUUCAAAAGCAUCAAUGCUCUUCCUAUCUUGCUUCUUCAAAGUCCAAGAGGGGAUCUAGCAUUCAUGAAAUUUGAGAAAAUUCAGUGAAAGCCUAAAUGUAUGUAAAAUAAAAAUAGUGACAAUCACUGACAGCAACAGUAAUUGAUUUGCCAUAUUAAUUAACAUUUGAAUGGGACAGGAAACUCAAGAAACAUUUUCUCUCCUAGGUCAGGCCUGAAGUAAAUUAUUUGGUUGUAUCCAUUUUUGUCCCUACACACCACCCCAAUGCAUAGCUUUAGAGUUGCCUGAUAUGAAUUGUUGCACUAGCAGAAAUCCCUUUACUUAAGACCAUAAAGAAGUAUAGCACUUGGAAGGAGAUCAUAUAAUCGGAAGGGAUGUUAGAGGCCAUCACGUCCAAUGCAUUGCUCUGAACAAGAUCUACUAAAGCACACACAGCAACAUGUAGAAGUUAAUCCACUGCAUAGAUUGAUUUAGGCUCAAGUUCAUGAUAGCUGACAGCUGCUGGAAUUUCUAAAGGUCCUCUUCUCCUUUGCUUCAGAGGAUGAGAGGGUGCUGUAUGUAGUUUUUACUACUGAACAUCCUUGGGACUUGCAUAAUGUUAUCUUCCUGUCAAGGCUCACCAUAUACUUGUUGUUCAUAUCUGGUAUUCCAUGAGGAUUCUGCUACCUUACAUGGAAUUUGCUCUCUUGAGUCACACCUUGCGAACUUUAAGAAGAUGAGAAGCAAAGCAAACAUGAUGGAGAAGCUGAAGAAUUCCCAGUCGCCUGUUGAUCCUGAACAGCCAAACCUUCCAUCAGCUGUUUCCCCAACCCCUCUCCCUUCCCCAGCUGGUGGGGGGGAUGAUGUAGAGGCCACCCAACCUCCCACCAGCCCCACCUCUUCCUCACCUCCAACGAAGGGGAGCCCUCCCGCUGAGGUUCCUCAAACAGCACUGCCCCCCAAUGUCCCUGUCAUCAGCUUGGGCUACAGCAAGCCCCCCACUCCUGUUGAGGUCCCCACAACCCAACUCACUGCCCUACACCCCAUUCCCAACUUCUUACAGUUCUCAAGUCUGCCACCUGGACCCCCUCCACCAUCCUUGCCUCUGGCUGGAGUAAGGAGUCCACUUUUAGCCCCACAAUAUCAGCCUCAUCCCUUUCUCAACAACAUCUAUCUAGGCAACUCUGGGACUUUUGGCCUCUUCCCCAACAACCGCCUCAAGCGGAGACCAAGCCAUUAUGAGCAAGACAUUACUGAAGGUCUUCAACCCCAGAAAGUGGCACGCCGGGUCUUCACCAAUAGCCGGGAACGGUGGCGUCAACAGAAUGUGAAUGGUGCCUUUGCUGAGCUUCGGAAACUUAUUCCCACCCAUCCACCUGACAAGAAGUUGAGUAAGAAUGAGAUUCUUCGCUUGGCCAUGAAAUAUAUCAAUUUCCUGGUCAAGCUACUGAGUGACCAGGCCAGACUGGCUGGAGGGGAGACUGCUGAGACAGACAGCCCCUGCAAUGGAACCCCCAGGACUCCAUCACCAUCAGCAUCCAUAAAAUUGGAACAGUUGACCGUCGAGUCAAUGACUGUGUUGGAGGCAGGAGAACCACGGUGAUGUCUAGCAGUAACAGACCACCAUCACCACCCCAUUCCAUGCACCUGCAGUGCUGCACCUGGAUCAAGCUAGCAUCAAUUAAAACUCCUUAGCCUGCAUAUCUGAGAGGACCUGGGGGGCCCUUGGGUCCAUCACCCAUGGAAUGGGCUGCCAUAGUAGGGUUAUACUGACUUGGGAAGACUUCAUUUGUACCCAGGAGUUUGUACUCUUCAUUUGUACUCAGGAGUCCAAAAGAGAGGGAGAGGGUGCUGGAGUCCCUUUAACUGAGACAUCCAUUCAUGCCCAAUGGAAGCCUCAAAAAGUGGGGACUCUGGGGAAUGAUGAGGAAUGAGAUUUUAUGUACAAUUCCCCGGUAUGGGUAGUUUCAGGGCAGCAGGGAACUGCUUGUGCAGGCUAGCUCUAUAUGGUGUCUGGUUUGCCAAAGACGCCCUCUUGCUCUUGUUGGCUGUGAGAGGAAGAUCUUGACGUCGGGCCACACCUUGGCUGGGAGUGGGUGCCCUGGAGUUGCAUUUUCAGUUUGCUGAUCAAUGCUUCUGACUUUUAGCUUUAGCACCGCCCCUGCCCACAAAUCUAAGCCUCAUUUUUAUUGGGCCCCAUGUAAAUAUUUGAACCUGUACAAAAGAGCAAAAGGAUAUAAAGAAAGGUGGCAAGGUUAAGGGGCUGAGCUCCUAGGCCCAGCCUACUUUCCACCUUCUCAUCAAAACAGGGCUCUGGCUGGGCUAUCUCGGCAACUUCUUUCUGGAUGGGAAAAGAGCUGCUAAAGGAUUUUGAGCAUUCCUGUCAAUGGCUUGGAAAGCAAGGGCUGCGUAACCAUACAGACUGUUCUGUGCAUCUGCCAUGCUCUGCCUGUUUGGGUGUUCAACAGCUCAUUUAGGGCUACAGGCGGUGGUUUGUGUGAGGAAAUGGGGGCAUCCAAUCUCAUUCAGGGGGGGAGGGCAAGGCUGGAGCUCUUUUUGACAGGCUGACCUUUCUGCAUGCCACAAGAUUUUCCUUAGCAGUUCUCUCGCAUGAGCCCCCACCGUCCAACCCUAGUGGUGUCAUUCGUAUCAGGAGCAUCAUCUCCAUGGGAGAGCUGGGCCUUAGUGAUGCUCCCUGUGGUCCAGGUGUGUUGCUGGGGAGUUACUCCAGGUGCAAGCAGUUAGGAGGGAGUGGAUGGUGGUGCUGCAGCAGCUGCUGUGUCAUUCCCAAGGGGCCAGUUAUGCUGGGUGGGAAGCAGGGCUGGGCUGUCACUGGGAACCCACAGUCUCAGAAUUCCUCUCCCUUCCUGGAAAGAGAAGGGCGGUUUGUGCUGAGUCAGUAUCCCAGCCUUCUCCACACACCCCGGGCCCCGUGCCAAAACCGAAUGUAAGAGCAAUGAUUCUGGAGGGAAGCAGGCCUAGGCUGCCCGUUAUCGGGUGAAGAAGUUUGCUGAAAGGCCUUUGGGGUGGAAAAAGAAGAAAGAUGACCAUAUCUAUCCCGCACACACACACACACACACACACCAGCACCCGUUCAAUUUCCAGAAUUGUGUUCAAAGGGAAUUGUUCUCUGCUAAUAUUUGUUUUUGUUGGGAGGAGGGUUUGUAAGAUGAGAUUCUUACACUCAUCAGUGCUGUCCAGACCAGGAGCUCUUUGGAACCAAAAUCUUCCAAGUUUUGUGAUGUUUUAAAACUGAAGUCAAUGCCAUAAACAAAAAGCAAAGCAAUGCGCUCAGUGUUGAUUGUUGAUGCUGCAAAAGAUUGCGCAGGGGGCAUGCUAUGUUCUGAACUCGAAGUUUUCACUUGAAGGGAAUGAUGAGAGGGGGAAAUACACAGGUAAGUAAAGGGCAGGAAGAAUAAUGACAUGCUUGGCAUCCAUGAGAGCUAUCUCUGUAUAUAUAUGUAGCGUGUGUGUGUGUGUGAAGGAUGGGAUAGAAAGGGAAAUGAAAAGCCACGGAAGCUACAAAAGUACUGCAUCCUGAGGUCUUUCCUCCCAGAUCUAGAGCAUCUUCUUGUGCUCCCCAAUCAUCACUAAAGUGCUAUAACAACAGCACAGCAAUGGUUGGAUGAAGCCCCUGUAAGUCUCUAGUGGGGAAGUGGCUUAUGUAUGUCCAUAAGAGCUGGUGUGUUAUCCUGCAACACUAAGGACCCAGCAGCUUACAUGACAUCGUACACAUUCCUUGAGCUUGUUCCUGAGUAACUUUUCUUUGGCUACAGCCUACAGUACUUACAUGCUAGAAGUUACUCCAAAUACGCAGAGCUGAACAGCAAUUUGUGAUGUAUUCCUGUUUCCUCAUGUCAGUUUUGGUCCCGUUCCAUUUGCUGUGGUUAAAGAGGCUCUCCUUUUGACUCCAUCUUCUGGGCUUGUAGUCUAAGCAAUGGCUAUGCCUUUCCUCUUCUUGUCCACUUGUUUCAGCUGUCCUUCGGUCAUGUGAUGUUGAUUUUAUUUUAUUAUUUAUUAUUUUUCAUAUCCACUUAUCAUGCCAUACUGGGUUGCCUCUACAUCAUCCCCCUCAUCAGCUGGGGAAGGAAGAAGGGUUGGGGAAACAGCUGAUGGAAGGUUUGGCUGCUCAGGAUCAACAGGCAACGGAAUUCUUCAGCUUCUCCAUCAUGUUUGCUUUGCUUCUCAUCUGUGGGGAAAAUUAUUCUUGUUGUAGCCUCCAGAAGCCUUGGGACCAAGCUGACAAGCAGAGAAAGACCAGCCUUUCAGGCCCUUGCAUUCACCUGAGCACCUAUUCUGCCAUGGUUUCAUACAAGUGAGUGGUGCAUCUCUUGAUUUACUCAGACAAAGCACUUAUCAAUUCCAGUUCCCCAAAGGGUACUAGUAGAAGUGGUACACAUGCCUCUCUACAGAUGAGAAGCAAGCCGGGAGUGUUAGAGGAGCAGAUGUUUUUCCUGCCUGCCAUUUCCCUGCUCCAAAUCACCCUUUUCUUGAAGGCCAAAUACAAGCAAAGCUCAAGAAUUCUCUGAGGGAAAGUGGGGUGGGUGAGUUUGGCUUGAGGAAAUGGGGGAUAUUUGGAGAUUGAACCCACUUCUUCUGUUGCUUGCUUUGAUCCCACUGCCUUCAGAAGCUGCACUCCCUCUUUAAAGAUGAAAUGUGUAACGUUAUCUCAUGCAAUGGAGGACCACCGCACUGAGUUCCAUGCAAAGGGCAGUCAGAAAGAACCAGAAACCCUGCUAAGAAGAUGUAUCUUUGAAUUUGGGCUAUGCCGAGAAGCACAUAAGAGGAUCUCAAGAAAGGAUUGAGUCUCCCCUUCCACACUAAUUGUUAGUUGCCAAAAAUUGGCACUCAGGCAGCUGUUUGUCGCUAAGAUCUCCUCUCAAGCACAGAGCCUCCAAUCCUAGGGCACCUGGUCCCUUCGCUGCCUGAACUAUACACACACUAGGGGGACUGACCUUGGACCAUCUAUCUUCACAUGCUGUUUAUAAGCCAUAGAGCACUUCCACAUGGCUGCCAUUUUCACUUCCCAAUUCCCCAGAGCAGUUUCCCAAUGAUCGCAAUAAUUUUCACUGCCACUGAUCUUGCAAUGUGACAACCCAACCAAAAAUCACUGCCACACUCCAAGCUGCUAUAGUAGAUAAACAGUCUCACCUUUUAUGCACACGCGCACACACACACACACACCAAGGAAGAAUAGAAAAAGCCAGGCCACCUGAUGCUUUGUAGAAACUCAUCUUCUGCUGAAAAUAAGGAGAAUAGAACCUUGUCACUUUCAUCUGUGCUUGUUUGGCCUGGCCAGUUGGGCAGGGGUGGGUGAGGAGGGUAAUGCCAAGCUAUGAAGUUAGCAUUCCCUUGCAGCACCUGAAACUCAUGAAGAAGAGGAGUAGCAAUGCAAGAAUUCCCUCCAGUGGGGAAGCAGCUGAACUCCAUGCACUACAGAAUUUGUUUCCAGCUGAAAAGCACAUUCAGAGUGGUUCUUCUUGCACCAAAGAGAUGCUGGUAGAGGAUUGUUGAUCUGAUCCAAGAGACAUGCAAACAUAUGGAAAUGCCAUUAGUCUUUAGUGAUCCAUCAAGUCAUUGACCAAAACAACAAAGGAAGAUACUGUCUCUUUUUGGGGGGGUCCAAAUCUACAUGACUCCAUUGUUCAUCUAGUUAAUUAAUCCAAAUAGAGGUGUAUUUAAUACUUUUAUAGCUCCUCCUCAUGAGUCUCCCAGGAGGAUGCAUUGUUAUGUAUGCCUACCCUCCUGCAAUUCAAUUCAACUUUCAUAAGCACCUUGCAUCAGCUCUAUGACCCCUUCUGUUACCAUCCAUCUGGAAUACUUGCUCCUUAUCAGGUGUGUAAAGCUUUUCAUUUAUGAGAAAAUUGCUUAGGUAUGAAGGGUGCUGCAAUGUUUCACUUCAUGGCUUUUCUCCUUUUUGAGUGGGAUGGAGACAUCCUUGUCACUCUGUGAUGCUACCAUACGUGGAAUCAGACCAUUGGCUCUUCCCAUUCAGUAUUGUCUAUGCUAAUUGCUAGCUGCUUAUCAAGAUCUGAAGCUACCUAGCUUCUUUUAAUAAGGGACUCAAGUGAUAAAAGCAGCUGCCCCACCAUUCACCUAUACUAUGCAUCUUCCUUCUUUAAAAAUGAAUCUGCUAAGCUUCCUAGAUUCCAGAACUGGUAGCCCAAUAAUUCAUCUCAUCCAGCACUCCAAACCCUGGUUCACUGGUGGUUUUGAAAAACCUAAGAUCUAUUAAAAGGAGGCUAAACACCACCCAUAUCACUGACUUACUUUGAAGGGAGGACAGAGCAAAGUAAUUCAGGGAUGAGGGUGAUAUUUGUGUGGCAGGAGCAAUCCUUUUCACUAUAUAGUAAACAUUAUCAUUCUGUGAUAACUAAGAAGUGGCACUGACUGAGUUGACAUGAUGCACUAAGGUCCACUUUGUGUUAACUAUGGACUAUUAAACAAAUCACAGUUGUCACUGAAGCCAGUGGUAAA